CUUUACUCAUUCUCACUGAAAUUAUAAAUAGAUACACCUAUUAAACUAAGGCAUUUGCAUCUACUUUUGCCCAAGUUUAUGUAUAGUAGAAAGAAAAGGUGUGCAAAAAUACUCCAACCUCAAUCAACAUGACAAAAAUAGCAUUAGGAACAAGCCGAGAGGCAACACAACCAGAAUGCAUCAAAGCCCUUGUUGUUGAAUUCAUUUGUACCUUCCUCUUUGUUUUCGCCGGCGUCGGAUCAGCCAUGGCCGCCGAUAAAGCGGGAGCAACUACUCUAGUAGGGUUAUUGUUUGUGGGGACGACACAUGCAUUUGUUGUAGCAGUGAUGAUUGCCGCAGGAUUUAACAUCUCCGGUGGACACUUGAACCCUGCUGUCACCCUUGGCCUGGCAAUGGGUGGUCAUAUCACACUUAUUAGAUCUUUACUUUAUUGGAUUAUCCAAUGUUUUGCUUCCGCUCUUGCUUGUCUCUCUCUUAACUAUGUCACCGGUGGACUGACAACUCCUAUACACUGUCUUCCAAAAGGGGUGGACCCACUACAAGGAUUGGUAAUGGAGGUAAUUUUGACAUUCUCUCUCCUAUUCACAAUUUACACCACCAUUGUGGACCCGAAGAAGGGCCCACUUCAAACCCAAGGCAUCUUCUUGACUGGGCUUGUGGUUGGGGCUAAUAUAUUUGCUGGUGGGCUUUUCUCUGGAGCAUCAAUGAACCCGGCUAGGUCUUUUGGACCUGCUCUUAUUAGCUGGAACUGGGCCGAUCACUGGAUUUACUGGGUUGGCCCACUCAUCGGUGGUGGCCUUGGUGGGCUCAUUUGUGACAACUUCUUCAUGUUCAAAUCUCAUGUUCCUCUUUCAAGAGAUGAGGAUUUUUAAUGUCAUAAUUAUGCUAAUAAAAUGUUAUUAUUUGCACUUAA